CUAGCAGAAGCUUGCAGCCGACUCGUUCCAUGACCCUACACGAGAAGUAUUGGAUGCAUCACAAAGUCGUUGGUGCGAAAGGAACAAGACGAUAGCAUUCUUUUAGAGUAGCCUUUGGAUGGCCAUUUAGCUCGGCUGUUCUCUAACAAGCAUCCCGUUUCUCCUCCUCUUCCUCCUCCCUGCUCUUUUCAGCCGAAGGUAGGGUGCAUUUGAGCCAUGGCAGCCAACAGAGUGGAUUACCAUGAGGUUUUCACCACCAAGACCAUAACAGUCUGUCCACGAGCUCGCCCUCCUCAUGCUCAUGAGGCCAAAGUCAUCCAUCUCUCAAAUCUGGACAGAAAGUGUCCCGCCCUAAUGUACUUGGUGUUCUUUUACAGAUCAACUCCACCCCUUCAUGGCCGGCAGCUUUCAUCUGCUUCUCUUUUCUCCUCCUUAAAAAGGGGACUGGAGGAGGCCAUGUCCGAUUGGUACCCAGCUGCAGGCCGGCUGUGCCUCGCCCCACCACCACCCACCGGGAAGAUCAACCUGGCUUGCACCAAUUCCGGUGCACUUCUGGUCGAGGCAGCCACCCGAGCUACGAUUUCAGAUCUCGGAGACCUAGCUCAGCACAAUGACUUCUACGAACGCCUGGUCUGCAAGCCUCCCUCCGGGGCCUGCUUCGCCGACACGCCGCUUGUCGUCGGUCAGGUGACCAAGUUUGCGUGUGGAGGCUACUCGAUUGGGGUGGGCACAAACCACGCGCUCUUUGAUGGGGCGGCAAACUACAGUUUCUUGAGUGCAUGGGCUUCCAAGACGGUGGGGAGGGCAGCUGAAGGACAGGUGGAGCUCGUCGAGCCGGUCCAUGAGAGAGGAAGGCUCUUGGUCUGCCAUGGCCAGAGCCAGGUGAGCUUAUCGAAGGCUGCCGAUCGAGAAGGCGAGAUGGGAGGGUUCAUGGCUCUCGAUCAUCUGCAUCAGCUGAUCAAACAGGCAGUGUCUGCGAACUGCAUCGUUCCCGGUGGGCAGCUGAAGCUCUCGGAGAUGGACAGCACAGGGCACGAGCACUUGGUGCUGAGAACGUUCUCUGUGAGUGCUUCCAUGGUGAGCAGGCUUAAGAACAAAGCUGCAAGCGGCUCCGGUGGCAUUUCCUGUUCUUCCUUCGAGGUGGUGGCUGCUCAUCUAUGGAAGGUGAGGACUAAAGCCUUCAACAUAGCGAAGCACAGAAUGGUGUGUCUCCAAUUUGCAGUAGACGCGAGGGCUCGGAUGCGUCCGCCGCUGCCGAAAGGCUUCACAGGCAACGCCUAUGUCCUCUCCUCCGUUGCAUGCACCAGUGCCGAGCUUGAGGAGGCUAGCCUGGCUACUGUGGUUGGAAAGAUCAAGGCGGCAAAGCAGGCAGUGACUGACAGCUACGUGAUGAAGUAUCUGGCAGCCCUCAAUGCCGCCCCCCAAGUGGCUCUCCCCCCACUGCCGGAGCUGACGAUGGUGUCGGACUGGACAAAGACCCCGUACCACAGCAUCGAUUUCGGGCUUGGGAAAGCAGUCUUUGUGACUCCCUUGGCCACUCCAUUUCCUCAGGUUGCGUACUUCAUGCAGAGCCCGAGUGAAGCGGGAAGGAUGGACGUGAGGAUUGGGUUGCCUCACAUGCAUCUGCAAGCUUUCACCCACUACUUCCUGUCUGCAAUGUAAUGACUAAUAAGCUGGUCAUCAGACAUGCAAUUGAUGUAUGUUGAAUAAGUACCUAACGCUGGCAACAAGCAGAUCUUUCUACUUCAA